CCAAGUUUUGAGUCCAAAGUAGUCAAAAUAAACUAAAAGAUAUAAGAAAUGCUCCUGUGUUAAAUAUUAUUGGAAUUAAUUACUACUGAAAUAGAAUCUGAGAAUUAUGACGUUAUCCCGAAAUCAUGGAAUAUUAAGAGUUGCCUUGGGUAAACGUUUUUUCAACGUUCAUAAAUCCCAAAGUUCUCCAGUAGAACAAGCAUUAUUCUUGGAGAAAGGCAACCAGAACCAAGUUAUUGCUCUUCUUCAAGAUGAAGUAGAUUUAAUAGGUCCUCCUGAUCCAGUAUCUAAUUUAAGGCCUGUUAUAAGAAGAAGAUGUGCCACUGAAACAAAACUACAAGAACAACUGAGAUUUAUGCAAGAUGCUACCCACCAGUGGAACCAAAACUUUUGGGCAACACAUAAUACUAAAUUCCUCAGGGAGAAGCAGAAGUUUAUUGAUAACCAUCAAAUUUUGGGCGAAGAAAAACGUCUUUUGUCUGCUGAAGAAAUGAGUGAGUUUUACAAGAAGUUUCUUGAUGAGCACUGGAAAACACAUAUAGAAUACAACUUUUCUUGGUACAAGAAAAAUUUUAGUCUCUUAUUCUUAGCCUUGAGAGUUAAUGUAGAAAAGUUCUUACCAAGGGUUGUAUAGAAAAAAUUUUUGUUGAUACUGCAGCAAAACUAUCAAUCUUCUAGAUAAAAUAAAUAAAAGUUUUCAAG